GUGGAGGGAAGACACGCCGGUGUGCUAUUUAUUUAUUUAUUGUAGUUUCUUUUAAAAUUUUCGAAGCCAACAUGCUCGGCCUGUGCCUUUACGUCCCCGUGUCCAACUCAGACCCGGUUGAAGUGGAGUACUUUGAGUCUAACGGACUGCCGUCUGAGCUGAAGUCUCUCUUUAACAAACUGAGUGUGUUCCUUCCGUCUCAGGAGUUUUCAACCUACCAAAAAUGGCGAAAGAAAACCUUAAAAGAGGAAGAAAAUGACUCAGAUGCACAGCUGGACUUUGAGGAGUUUGUUCACUAUCUGCAAGACUAUGAGAAAGACCUGAAGCUUGUGGUGAAAAGCCUUGACAGGAAGAAUGCAGGCCACGUUGAUCCCAAAGAGUUCAUGCAGUCUCUUCACGACAUCGGUGUGCAUAUCUCCCUGCAGCAUGCGGAGAAAGCCCUUAAGAGCAUGGACAAGAACGGAAUGAUCACAAUCACUAGUAAAGACUGGAGCAACUACCCAGUGGUGGAGAAGACUGAGAACAUUCCUGAGAUCAUCCUUUACUGGAAACACUCCACGAUCUUCGAUGUGGGUGAGAACCUGAUGGUGCCAGAUGAGUUCACCACAGAGGAAAAACUGACUGGGAUGUGGUGGAGGCACCUGGUCGCAGGUGGAGGAGCUGGAGCUGUUUCCAGGACUUGCACCGCUCCUCUGGACCGUCUCAAAGUCAUGAUGCAGGUUUAUGGAUCCCGAACCAACAACAUGUGCAUCAUGAGCGGUUUGAUGCAGAUGAUCAAGGAGGGUGGGAUGAGGUCUCUGUGGCGAGGCAACGGUGUGAACAUCAUCAAAAUCGCUCCGGAGUCGGCCCUCAAGUUCAUGGCGUACGAGCAGAUUAAACGUUUGAUUGGCAGCGAGAAAGAGACUCUGAGCAUCUUGGAGCGAUUUGUUGCAGGAUCUCUGGCUGGAGUGAUCGCCCAGAGCACCAUCUACCCCAUGGAGGUCCUGAAAACCCGUCUCGCUCUGAGGAAGACCGGACAGUACGCUGGCAUCUCAGACUGCGCCAAGCAGAUUUUUAGGAGAGAAGGACUCGGGGCGUUUUAUAAAGGUUAUAUCCCCAACAUGCUCGGCAUCAUCCCCUACGCGGGCAUCGACCUGGCAGUGUAUGAGACGCUGAAGAACAGCUACCUGCAGCAGUACGGCACCAGCAGCACCGACCCCGGCGUCUUCGUCCUGCUGGCCUGUGGCACCGUGUCCAGCACCUGCGGUCAGCUCGCCAGCUAUCCUCUGGCUCUGAUCCGAACCCGCAUGCAAGCACAAGCUGCAACAGGGGGCAGCCAGCAGGUGACGAUGACGGGUCUCUUCAGGCAGAUCUUGCAGACCGAGGGCCCGACGGGGCUCUACAGAGGCCUGGCCCCCAACUUCCUUAAAGUGAUCCCCGCCGUCAGCAUCAGCUACGUGGUGUACGAGCACCUGAAGACGCAGCUGGGAGUGACCUCGCGCUGAAACUCACCCUCUCUUUGUCACGUGACCUCAAAGCUUAAAUGUGACAAGUGACCCCCACCCAAACACACCACCACCACCACUACUACCCAUCCCCCACCCAUGCCCCACCCACCCCCAUCCCUCUCUAUAGCGGCUCAUGCUAGGGAAUCCCAGGGACCUUUUGGCCCCUCUGUGGGUUCGUGGAGCCAUCUCAUUCUGUGAAUGUCAGCUGACAAGAAGACGAGAAAGGACAGUGAACGUUGGAAAGGUGGAGGAUAUGGACUCUGUGAGAUCAGGUCGUCGGGAUUAUGACUGCUGCUAUUUAUAUUUUAAGAGAAGUUGUAUUGAGAAACGUGACGAGUGUGAGUGACUACAAAUCAAGGACCAAAUGUUUUUGCUCUUCCUGCCGUUUCGUGUUUUGGUGCCUGAGCAAACGUCCAGUUUUUUUUUUUUUUUUCAUGUUGGUCUGAAAUUGCAAGUCAGUCAGUUUAAUCUACACCUCCAGCACUCUUGUUGAAUAACUCUACUUAAAAAAAAGAAAAGAAGCUCCCAUUCAGAGUAAAUGGCAGAUAAAGCAUUAAUAAGCUCUUGAAGAAGUUUUAUUCUUUACCAGUUCUGCCUGUGAAAUGAUUGUGUCCCCAAAUGAGAGGAUUUUGCACAUGUGAGUUUGGUCUCUCUCCACCUCUGUCCUGAAUGAAUGGACUGAUUACAGGAUUUUCUGAACGACUGACUGUGGAGUAUUUAUUUUCAUCCAUCCAGUAUUUAUUGUUUUUAUUUUCUAGAAGGGAGAGGAGGUGUAUAAAGCUGCAUGUUUCCUGUCUGAAGAGCCAAAUGUGUGAUUGAUAACAGUUUUAAAAAUGCAGUGCGAUUGUAUUCAGGGUGGGAAAUGAACACCAGACAGCAGCCUUAACGUGUGGCUAAAACACUAAAUGUAGUUGUCUGGUGAACUGUUGAAAAGGGGGUUGUAGCUUGUUCUCAUGAGUCACAGUGGCUGGUGUUUGCCCCAACUAAGUAAUUUUUUUGUAGUUGCUCAAACAGCUUCAGGUUCUGUCUGUUAAUGUGUGUAGAUGUGUUUUUUUUUCUUUGCCCUUUAAAAAAAAAAAGUAUAAGUAUAAAUGUCUUAAUGUUCACCUCAGGUUUAAGGGCAGAUUAUUGCUUAAUUCACAGAAGAGCACACGUGACAUAUAUAUAUAUUUUUGUUUCACAACAUUUAUACUUGGAAACCAAGGGCUUGAAAAAGAUGAGCAACAUAAUGCACUUUAAUCAAAGCUGGAAGGGCCUCUGAAUGAAUGUUGUACCAACCCAGGUAUUAAGAUUUAAUUCUUUUUGUAAAGAAUAUGUUUUAGUGUUUUAAUGGACCAUUCUGAUGCAAAUAAAUGCAAAUUCUUGUCA